CAGGAAAAUGACAAGCGGAUUUAGCUAGCAAUCGACAUUUCAGUGAGAGGUGACUGGUGAUCCUUAUAGAUGUGACUGGUGACUGUUAUUCUGGCCUAUGACUGUGCUAAUUGGUGGCUGGAUUCAAGGUUUCAAGUCUACUUUAUAUUUUUCAAGAAGUCAUGGGUGUGAAGUGACUGUUAACUGGUGACUGGUGGGCCUUCAACUGUGACUGUUAACUGGUGACUGGUGGGCCUUCAACUGUGACUGUUAACUGGUGACUGGUGGGCCUUCAACUGUGACUGUUAACUGGUGACUGGUGGGCCUUCAACUGUGACUGUUAACUGGUGACUGGUGGGCCUUCAACUGUGACUGUUAACUGGUGACUGGUGGGCCUUCAACUGUGACUGUUAACUGGUGACUGGUGGGCCUUCAACUGUGACUGUUAACUGGUGACUGGUGGGCCUUCAACUGUGACUGUUAACUGGUGACUGGUGGGCCUUCAACUGUGACUGUUAACUGGUGACUGGUGGGCCUUCAACUGUGACUGUUAACUGGUGACUGGUGGGCCUUCAACUGUGACUGACAACAACAACAACACAUGGAGGUCAGCUGAGCGUGGAGGAGGCUGACCACGCGCGCCGCCAGACACCUCAUAAGGCACAUCACGGCACCCACAGAGGAGGCAGCUGACACCCCACUGACAGGCAGCACACACCCCACAGACAGACCACACACCCCACAGACAGACCACACACCCCACAGACAGACCACACACCCCACAGACAGACCACACACCCCACAGACAGACCACACACCCCACACACACCCCACAGACAAACCCUACACCCCACAGACAGACCCCAGACAGGUCAUGAUGAAGCUGGCCCGGGGUUUCUGCGACCUGAACAUCUCCGCCACGGACACGGACCUGCGGCAGACCGUGCUGAAGGCGCUGAGUGUGGGCUACCAGACCCUGGCGCUCAACAGGCAUGUCACGGACAAUUCCACAGCGGCGGCAGGCGGCGGCGGCGGCAAAAAGAAGAAGAAAGGUGACUUCUCCUCCGUGCCGCCGCCCCCCAAGCUUGCCCUCACCCCGGAUGAGCUGCGUCGCCACGGCAUUACCCGGCCACCUGUCAUCCUCACCCGCCUCACCGUGACCUACGCCAACCCUGAUUCCCCCUUCUUGGCCAAGCACAAGGAGGUCAUCAGGCAGUAUGACCUCCUGGCACUCACGCCAACCUCUGACAAGGCACUCAAGCAGACAGUGACCCAGUCGGCGGUGGAGGUUGACAUCAUCGCGCUGAGCCUGGAGGAGCGAGGGACACGUUUCGCCCGUAAGCUGCUUAGGAUGGCCAAGGACAGGAACAUGUACUUUGAGCUGAGCUACGGGCCUUGUCUCAGCGAGGGCCGCAGCCGCCAGCAGACCAUCGCCUUAGCCCACAGCCUCCACCAGUCCCUCCGCUCGGCCAACAUCAUCGUAAGCAGCGGCGCACACCUCCCAUCACAGGUCCGCCAACCUUACGACGUCAUCAACCUUGGACGCUUCUUUGGCCUGACCGAAGCUGGGUCAAAGGCCGCCCUAGCAAGCACAGCACACAACCUUGUGUACUGUGCGGCCAUGAGGCGGACCGGGGUGGCCAAGUGUGCGGCCCAGGUCACUCUGUUGAAGGUUGGUGCGGAGGAGGAGGAAGAAGAGGAGGAAGGAAGAAGAGUAGGAGGAGGAAAGGGAGUGAAGAGGAAAAGGUUGGAAUCUAAGUUUGAGGGACUUGAGGAUGCCAGGAAGUACUUGAAGGCAGGAUGUGCUUAGGAACUGUUUAGGAAGAAGAAGUAUGCAAGUGUUAGUCUUUUUAGAAGGAAGGGGAAGGAUGGAGGGAAGUGGUGAAGUUCUGAGGCCAAGUUUGAAUGCUUAGAAGAUGCCAGGAAGCACUUGAAGACAGUCCCUGCAUAGUAUUCAAGUGUUGGUCUUUUUAUCCAUGUUUGAAUGCUUAGAAGAUGCCAGAAAGUACUUGAAGAUAGUCCCUACAUAGUAUUCAAGUGUUAGUCUUUAUAAGGAAGGAGGAAAAAGUUAAAGUCUGCAGGAAAGAGGCCAAGUUUGAAGGUCUAACCAGUGCCAGGAAAUUAGUUAAAGACAUCAGCCUCUUCGCUCUCCUCCCAGAAGUGGUUGGCAGUGUGUGAAGACUCCCUUAAUACUCUGCCUUAUAAGUUAUCAUGACUAUCACAUAAGUCCUUCAGGAAGUUGCCUUGUUUAACUGAAUGUCAGGCUGUUCCAAGGGAGUUUUCAUGCACUCUGACAAGACAAGAGGAGGAGGAGGAGGAGGAGGAGGUUAAGCAUGAAGGGAGGGUCUUCAAUCACUCCCUCGGACAAGUGAAAUGGCUGUGAUCUCUCUCAAAAUAAUAACUUGCAGAAUAAUGGCCACUUGUAUAUAACUCAUUUUUUAGUGAUCUAAUAUUAGUGUAUAUCAUGUUAUGUAUUUUGUAUCAGUAAGCUCAAUUCUGGGUGUGAUUGCCAAUUGAAGUGAUAAUUAUUGGCUGUAUUCCAAGCUCUCCCUCACCGAGACACAUUAACCCGGUAGCUGCAGGGAUCAUGUUUCUCAAAGGCUCUUCCCUCUAAGCGAGAAAAAUGAGAAAAAAAUUAUCACUCAUGCAAACCAUUUCAUAAUACAUAUCAACACAUUUGUGAUCAGUUUAUGCAUUAUCUAUUUGGGGGGUUUAUAUCAUGGCAAAAAUUUGGCCUGUCACUGCUUCACCGUAAAGCCACAAUUUUGACCAAUCACUGCUAUCGGGUUAAUUACUUCCUUCUCUCCCUUACUAAAGCCCCCUUUACACUGUGCCGACUCUGGGCCACAGCGUCGUUAAGGCCCCUUCACACUGUGCUGAACAGCAACUGGCGAUCAUUUCUAGACCUCUUUCCGACCAUGUGCCUUUUAUCGAGUCCUUCUUUUACCUUGUUUUUAAUUCAUUACUGUUUUUUUAUGGUUUUAAAAUAUAGCUUAUUUAAUCUUUUAUCCGGCGCCACAUGACCUUGCAGUUGCGACGCCGAUAAUCAGUCAAGCACUCCGACCAUGUACGACCCUUUCACAUCAACCCCUCACACCCAAGACCUCGUAUACCCCGAGUCACUGGGUUGUCGUGGCCCAGAGUCGGCACAGUGUGAACGGGGCUUAAGAGACAUAACUUACUCCCAACCCUCCCAGGCUCUCCAUUAUUAAAAGACGUAUUGGGUUAUAAGCUAAUAAUACUGUUGGAACUGAUGUCAAAUGAACAGCCAAGGAAGAAAGAGCUUGUAAUAUUGUUGAAAGGGAGAGCUUGUAAUACAGGCCUUUGUAAGUACUUGUGAGGGAUAGUAGUAGUAAUGGUAGUGGUAAGAGAGUAGUUAGGGGGGCAGUACUGUGGGUGGUGGUCAUGGAAAAAGCAUGUUGACAGUUGAAAGACAGACAGACACUGACGGACAGAGGCAAACAGAUAAACAGACAGCUGGGAUAGAGAUGGACACAGGCAGAAGCACGUAAACAGACAGACUGACUGAUAUACAGAUAAACACAGCCAGAAACACAUCAACAGACAGACAGAUAGACAGACAGACAACACAGGCAGAAGCAGAUAGCAGACAGACAGACAAAUCGACACAACCAGAGACAGACAGACAUAUAGACGGACAAAUAGAAAGAGACAAGAGAAUUGAAUAGAACCAAAACAGUCACAUUGUGUUGUCUGUCUGUAUAUCAAUAGGUCUGUCUAUCUGUGUUGCUUUGUCUGUUGAUUUUUUUCUACUCUUUUUGUUGCCCUUGAAAAAAAACAUGACCACCAUCACAUAAAGUUAGUUCAAAAGACACACAUUUAGUCAUAAGCACUCCAUGUAAUUAUCAACAGUGUAAAUAUGUGUAUUCUGUAGAGAAAAAAAAAAUUAACCAUAUGUAUAUUUUUUUCUAUUUUCCCAAUAAAACAUAUAACCACA